AAACGGCCGCCGCCAUCUCCCGCUGCCGGCGCGCCCAUGGCGGCCGGGCGGUGAGACGAGGCGAUGAGGAGCCGCAGUAAUUCGGGAGUGCGCCUGGACGGCUACGCCCGCCUGGUACAGCGGACCAUCCUCUGCCACCAGAACCCAGUUACAGGGCUGCUUUCAGCUGGUACGGACCAUAAGGAUGCGUGGGUACGGGACAAUGUCUAUAGCAUCCUGGCAGUGUGGGGGCUUGGCAUGGCCUACAGAAAGAACGCAGACCGGGAUGAGGACAAGGCCAAAGCCUAUGAGCUUGAGCAGAACGUUGUGAAGCUGAUGCGAGGUCUCUUACAGUGCAUGAUGAGACAGGUAGAUAAGGUGGAGAAGUUCAAACGCACACAGAGUACCAAGGACUGCCUGCACGCCAAGUACAACUCUGCUACUUGUGCCACAGUGGUUGGAGAUGAUCAGUGGGGACAUCUGCAAGUCGAUGCCACUUCUCUUUACUUGCUCUUCUUGGCACAGAUGACUGCAUCAGGGUUACGUAUCAUUUUCACCCUUGAUGAAGUUACCUUUAUUCAGAAUCUUGUUUUUUACAUAGAAGCUGCCUACAAAGUUGCUGAUUAUGGAAUUUGGGAACGUGGUGAUAAGACAAACCAAGGCAUCCCAGAACUGAACGCAAGCUCCGUAGGGAUGGCCAAAAUCCAUACCCUAUGUGGCACAGCAAACCCCACAUCAGCAAAGCCAGGACACUUCCAGGUUGACGUAGGGGUGCACGGAGAUGAAUGGGCUGCUUUGGAAGCAAUUGACGAAUUAGAUCUUUUUGGAGCUCAUGGAGGGCAUAAAUCAGUGAUUCAUGUUCUUCCCGAUGAAGUAGAACAUUGUCAGUCUAUACUAUACUCCAUGUUGCCAAGGGCAUCCACGUCAAAGGAAAUAGAUGCUGGCCUUCUCUCCAUAAUUUCAUACCCAGCUUUUGCAGUGGAGGAUAUAAACCUUGUUAAUAUAACCAAGAGUGAAAUCAUAUCCAAAUUGCAGGGCCGCUAUGGCUGCUGUCGCUUUCUCCGAGAUGGCUACAAGACACCCAGAGAGGAUCCAAGCAGAUUGCACUAUGAUCCUGCUGAGCUCAAGCUGUUUGAGAAUAUUGAAUGUGAGUGGCCGGUGUUCUGGACAUACUUCUUAAUUGAUGGAGUAUUUAAUGAGGACAAAAUUCAGGUAGAAGAGUACAGAGAGGCUUUGGAAGGAAUACUCAUCAGAGAAAGGAAUGGAAUAGUUCUAAUGCCUGAACUAUAUGCAGUCCCUUCAGAAAAGGUUGAUGAGGAGUAUGAAAAUCCUCACUCAGUGGAUCGUAUCCCAGUGGGAAAGCUGCCUCAUCUUUGGGGUCAGUCAUUGUACAUCCUUAGCUGCUUAUUAGCAGAGGGAUUUCUGGCUGCAGGUGAAAUUGAUCCCUUAAACAGAAGAUUUUCCACUGGAUUUAAACCUGAUGUGGUGGUACAAGUAACUGUUCUGGCAGAAACUAAUCAAAUUAAGAAUCUUUUGCAAGACCAUGGAAUCAACGUUCAGAGCAUUGCUGAUAUCCAUCCACUCAGAGUGCAGCCAGCUCGCAUCCUAAGUAAUCUCUACACCAUGCUAGGUCGGAAUGAGAACAUGAAAUUAAGUGGACGGCCACACCGACACAUUGGAGUGCUGGGUACCUCCAAGCUGUAUGUGAUAAGAAACCAAAUAUUUGCUUUUACCCCUCAGUUUACUGACCAGCAUCACUUCUAUCUGGCUCUAGACAAUCAGAUGAUUGUGGAGAUGCUCAAGAUAGAACUGGCUUACCUCACGUCUUGUUGGAGGAUGACAGGGAGACCAACUCUGACGUUUCCCAUCACCCACACGAUGCUUGUUGACGAUGGUACUGACAUUCAUCCAGCAGUUCUUGCCACCAUACGAAAAUUAGAGGAUGGUUAUUUCGGUGGUGCAAGGGUGAAGAUAGGCAAGCUGUCAGAAUUUCUUACCACAUCUUUUCAUACGCAUCUGAGCUUCCUGGAUCCAGACUGUGAUAUAAAACUAUUUGAUGACUCUCAUGGAGGCUGUUGUAGCCCUGACAGUGAAUAUGGAGGCUAUCCAGCAGAUUUCUGUGAAAAAGAAAGCCAGGAUGAGCUGGAUCAGUAUAUAAAUGAUAUCCUGCAGAGUACAGCACUGAAGUCAUAUCUGCCUCCAACUUCAAAGACUGCUCAUCAGCCGCUUGUGUUCAGUGCAAACCAUUCCACACAAGAGAUACUGUCAAUAAUGGCCAAGGCAAAGGGUUUGGAGAUUCCAGCUGUUUCCAUGUCUCUUCCAACUAAAGCUCUGAACACGCACCGGAAGUCCUUGAAUCUUGUUGAUAUUCCCCUUUCCCUUGAGAAAAAGGACCAUGAAAAGGUUUUGAACUUAGCUAAAGAUGCUCAUGGUGAUUUGGAUUGCAGGAAGCUUGUUGAGCAGCUGAAGGAAUGCCCAACGCUCCAUGAUCAAGCAGAUAUCUUAUAUAUCUUGCAUAUACUAAAAGGCCCUGACUGGGAUACACAGCUGAAUGGACAAUGUGGAGUCACUGUUCACUGUCUGCUCAAUGAGCUCUACAGAAAGGCAGGCCUCAAUCAAGAGUGGGGCUUAAUCCGUUAUAUUUCUGGUAUACUUAAAAAGAGACUGGAAGUCCUGGCAGAGGCAUGCACAGACCUCCUGUCACACCACAAGCAGCUUACAGUGGGGCUGCCACCAGAACCCCGCGAGAAAAUCAUUACCACCCCUCUGCCACCUGAGGAGCUCACAGAUCUUAUUUAUGAAGCCAGUGGCCAAGACAUCAGUAUUGCUGUCCUGACACAGGAAAUAAUUAUGUACCUGGCAAUGUAUGUCCGAUCACAGCCUAGUCUUUUCAUGGAGAUGCUCAGGCUCCGCAUUGGUCUGAUAAUUCAGGUGAUGGCCACUGAGCUGGCUCGGAGUCUGAAAUGCUCAGGUGAAGAAGCUUCAGAGAGUUUGAUGAAUCUAAGCCCUUUUGAUAUGAAAAAUCUCCUACACCAUAUUCUCAGUGGAAAAGAGUUUGGUGUGGAAAGAAGCUUGCGACCUAUGGAUUCUUCUUCAUCCAGCCCUGCAAUUUCUAUUCAUGAAAUGGGGCCUUCUGGAGCAACGAAAACAGAAAGAAGUGGUAUUACUAAAUUGAAGAGUGAGAUGAAGCAGUUCUUUCAUGAGGGCCACUCCAUGUCCAGCAGCAUGUUCGCUUCCAGGAGGAGCAGUACUCCACCAUCUCCUUCCAGUACUUCUCCCACCAGUUCCAGCGGAGACAUUAGUUGGGGUGACCGCAAAGGGCAGUGGCUGCGCAGAAGAAGGCUUGAUGGUGCCAUUAACAGAGUUCCUGUUGGCUUUUAUGAGAAAGUAUGGAAGAUUCUUCAGAAGUGCCAUGGUCUGUCCAUUGAUGGGUAUGUCCUUCCUUCUUCAACCACCAGAGAGAUGACCCCAUGUGAAAUCAAGUUUGCUGUACAUGUGGAGUCUGUGCUGAACCACGUCCCUCAGCCUGAGUACCGGCAGCUCCUAGUGGAAGCCAUUCUUGUCCUCACAUUCCUGUCUGACAUCGAGGUGAACAGCAUUGGGGGGAUCAUCCAUGUAGACCAAAUAGUGCACAUGGCCAACGACCUCUUCCUGCAGGAACUGAAAUCAUACGGAGCUACGGGUGGUAUCUUGGAGAAGGAUGUGGCCACAGGAAUUUGUCACUUCUUUUAUGAUAGUGCCCCAAGUGGGGCCUACGGGACCAUGACGUACCUGACAAAAGCCAUAAUUAUUUAUUUGCAGGAUUUCCUGCCUAGCACAGGCUGUGUGAUGCAGUAAGCAAUGUCUCACUAGGGAAAAGAGGCUAGGAAGCUUCUCCCUGUUUUGCUGCCAUGAGCUGCCUGUUUGCUGCGUGUCAGCAGAUACACCAGUCACAGUGUUAUGUUACCUGCACACCUACCUGAGGGGGACAGGUGGGUGGAAUAUGGCCUCAUUUUAAGGGAGGGUGUGAGAAAGAGCAAAUAACGAGGCUUAUUCUGCCUAAACUGCAUAAAUGUAAUUCGUAUUAAAUUAGCAAGAAUUAGUUCUGCCAAGGGGGAAACAGAUUACUCUGUGGAGAUCAAAAGGCAUAAUAAAACGAGGGAGCUGAAUCUCAGGCACAGAGUUUCCCAAAUAAGGGAAAUAAUGGAACUCAUUAGUUUUUCUCCUGCCAAUCUGUAAAUCUACAUUGCUGUGAAUCACUAAUGUGCAGUGUGAAACAUCCAGGGGUAAUGUAAAUGAAAGGAAUUGGGAGAACUGGAAACAACCAGGUGGUAUUUUUAAUACACAUUCACCCUGAUUCUCAUCUCGUUUGCACCUCGUUAGUGCAGGGCUAGCGCCGGUAGAGACAAAUGUCUUACAAUAGCCACUAAUUUGAGAUGAUAGCAGCUCUCAGGGAGAUGUCUUUCGCUUUAAUCUGAACAAAGCUGCUUCCUUCCCUCCACAGGCACAGUCUCAAGACUCCAACUGCUCCGAGGUGACAGGGAAUUUUAUGCUGUGUUCUUUUUCUCUGAACAGAGAAAGAUAGAUCUCAGCCACUUAAGCACCCUUCCAUCUCUCCUGAUCGUUUCCCUUGCAAAUAGCCUCGGUGCUGAGAAUGGCGUAAUGGCCGCCCUUCCAGUGCAGGGAGAGUUUAUAGAAAGCUUUGAUUUUUCCUCUCUGUCUUUGUUUCCCCCUCCACCCCUGUUUUUUUAAAUUAUUAUUAUUUUUUUCUUUGAAGGCACACUUGUCACUCAUGGCUAGGGAUGGGCUCUCUGGAAGUCUGCCUCCAGCCAUCUCCCAGUUUUGUGCCUGUUAUCACCAUGAGUAGGUCUACUGCAAGCAGCUGUGUGGCUGCUUUGAGCUGCUGCGACUCCUGCUGGGAAAUGGCUCCACAGUCGCUUAACCUGGCAGCAGAGAGAGGUUGGAUGAAAAGAGGGCAGCAAAGCCUCUGUCUCACCUGCCAGUUACUGGCACGGUGGUGCCGGGGAAGAUGAGCUUGAGGUGGCAGAGCCACACCAGAGGUGCUGCUGCCACAUCUGUGCUCUUGCUUGGGAGAGAGAAGGCAGGUGGGGGUGGGAAGCCUGAGGAGGUGAUGCAGAAGUAACAGAAGAACUUGGCAGUCUGCGGACCCUGAAGCUUCUCCAAGGAUGCUCUGGAAGAGGCAAGCAAGGUCUGUGCUAGAUGUGGAUAGGUUAGGAUAAAUAGGUGGUUUAGACUGAAACAAGGGUUUGGAACCUACAGAACAUUAAACUCUCUCCCCCCCCUUUUUUUUUUUAAUGGGAGUAACAGUGAGUGUCUUUGAUUUAAAAUUUCUGCUAUGAUCUAACUUACGAUUUAUGUUUGAUAGUCAUGAUUAGUUAUCACAUGGAAGCCAGGCACUGGCAGAGGACUUAGAAGGUGCUUUGAAGAAUUCGGAUAGCUGCUGGUAAACAGUGGGAUGCUGAAACACAGCAUGAGUAGAGGGAGAUCUCAUUUAACUUGCAGGUCAGGUCCUGCUGCUGAGCUAUGGUGGCAGUGUGGUGUCAGUUGGAGUCCCAUUUAGUGCAGACCCAAUUAAGCAAACAAGCUUUUGCACCAAACACUCCCACACCUGGCAGAGGAUGCACCUGUGUGCUACUAAGCUGUUACAAAACAAAAGGAGUGCUGCUGGAGGUGAGGCUAUGCUCCCCAGGUGAAAGCUGUCACAGCUCUACCACUAAUUGGCAGUGAUGGGUUUGGCUGUUGGGCUUCCCAGGGGACUGAGAGGAGGAUGACAUGGCCAAAUUCCAGGUCUUGUUUACAGAAGGAAGGUGAAGGUAGGUUGACAUGUCCUGUCUCAGAAAGAAGGGCUUCCAGCAGCUGAGGUGGUCCCCCGGGCCCUGCUUUUUCAGCCUGCCAUGUGCAGCUGCCGCAAGUACUUUGUGCUUGGCUGUGUGACAGCUGCCAGGACCUGCAGGGCCAGGCUGUGGCUUGUGCAGAGGAAUGUCACUGCAGCGUGUUAUUUAUUAGCCCCUGCAGAACACGGUGAGACAUAAAAAAUUUGGGAUGAGAGUGAUGAAAGAGCCUUAUCUGGAUCUGUUUGGAUUUAAGCACAUGUAACUGGGCCGUGCGUGGCUCCCCGUUUUGCACUUUGGUGGCUUUUCUUCCUGGCAUGGCGUGCUUUGCAGUUAUCUCCCCUCCUCUACUCUCUCCUUCUGCUGGGGGUGAGGGUGCCCCAGGCUACCUGCAGCAGCUGCUGGGUGUUGCUUUUGGUUGGAUGACUCAGUUCCUCUUGUGCUGCAGCUCUGCAGCCCUAAAAGCAGUGUAUGCUAAGUGCUGCAUUGCGACCUUCCCUCCUCUCUCAAGGUGAGCAUCCUUCAUCUGAAUCCUCCACUCUUCAAACUGUUGUGCUCUGUUCCACGUAGGUUGUCAAAAUACAGGCAAGAAACAGACCGCAAACUUACACAUUAUGUGAAAGCUCAAGCUUUAUUUUUGUGAUCUACUGUAUGUGAAGAUGCUUUGGCUUAAGCCCUGAUUAAGGUGAGAAGUUAGGAUCACUUAUUAACCCCCAAACCUAACAACUGCAGCAAAAGUAACCAGUGCUAAGUACAAAUCUGUGGCAGAUAUAGACACCUUUCCUUUUAAGUUGGGUCCAUAAACCUCAAAGAGGAAAACUAGUAAUGUGGAAUGCUUUAAUUACAUCGUGCAAAGAACAAGAUUAAAUAUGCAGAACUGCUUAUUUUAAUGAGAAGGUUCUUCCCUGUUUUCCUCACCUGGAGUCCACAGAAAGCCUGUUUUUCCUGUUACACAUCCCCAAGGAGAGACUGGUAUGUUCUCUGUGAUCAUCGAUGCUGCUUCUUAGCUCUAAGGGCUGCUGGGAUAAAUUUACCAGAGCAUCUCUUGCCGUGGCACUGUAGCUGCUACCUUGGUAGCAUUCACAGAUCAGGGUGGUGGAGGAAAUGACACCAAAGGUGAGGAUAAGACACUGAUGUGGCAGUGACACAGCAUUGAGUGGUCAUCCCUUCUGCUUUCCUCACUAGAAGGUAUGCAUCAUCCCAAAGGGAUUAAACAGGUUUACACAGUGACCGCAGCGCUUACCAUUUAUUGUUUGUCAGUCUGGAAAUUGUUUUGCUAGGCUGCUGUGACUACAGCAGGAAGGUGAGCUCCCCUGACCCCCCCAAGAAGUUCUGCCCUUUCCCUAGGCUGCCUUGUUCUCUAGUUUGCGAACCACAUGAAAGGCCUCUAAAAAUUCAUUGAAGUCAAUAUAGCCAUCUUUGUUGUAGUCUAUGCUCUGGGCUAACUUGUCAAUGGCUUCAUCAUGUGAAUAAAUACCCAGGUAAGAACUGAA